UAUUAUUUUAUAAAGGAAUCAAUCAUUAAGUGGAAGAAUAUGGAAACUAGAUGUUGAUUGAAUUGCAUCAUUAGUCUCUCGAUGAAUCAAUUCCAAUGAGUCUAGUCUAAUUCACUUUCAAACAUGGUACUUGAAAGUUAUUGUGGUUACAAUCCAUGGGAUUUGGUUGAACAAUGGAACUCGAAUUCAUUCGUAAUCUCACCAUGCUUCACUGAUACCUUUUUACUUUGGAUUACUUGGUUCUACCUUUACCUUUCAUUGCCCUUCUCAGUUUUUUUCCUGAAAUCAAAUUCCCAUAAAAAGCAUUCUUGGACUUUAUUUAUUGCUUUAAAAUUGUCAAUUGGAUUGGUUCUCGUUGUAUCGAGCAUUUACGAAUUGAUUGAUUCUUUGAUUGAAUUUGAAAAUGAUCAACUUGUCUAUCCAACUGCUUACCUAACUCCAUCUAUUAAGCUUUCAACUUAUUUACUUUCAUUAUGGCUAAUUUGGUAUCAUCGGGCAAAAGGAGUCCAAACUUCAGUGUUAUUAACCAUUUAUUGGUUUCUUAUGACUAUCUAUUCAGUUUUCAAUUUGUAUACCCUUAUAGUUACUUUGGAGCAUCGUGAUGAAUUCUCUUGGUCAUUUGACAAAACUGAUGUGGUCAACAAAUCUCUACAAACUUCUGGUGUACUCUGCCAACUGUUGCUUUAUUGUGUUGCUGAUACGAAAAAAGAAACGCCGAGUAAAGAAAGCGAGAAUGCGUGUCCUUUUGAGAGCUCGCCUUUCAUCAGUAAACUGUUUUUCACAUGGUUUGAUUCAAUGGCCAUUCGAGGCUUCCGUAGGACACUUUUACAAUCAGACAUGUGGAGCUUGAGGGGACCAAACACCGCACCAGUUAUUGAAAAGAAGAUCACUUCUGUUGAGGCAAAACUUCGUUUAAAAGACCAGAGAACAGACAUUUUGAAAAUUCUGGUAAAAUCGUUUUGGCCCACUUUCCUUCUUGGCGCUGUAUGCAAAUUUUGCUCAACUUUACUUAUCUUUGCUGGCCCACAAUUAAUGGAUGCUUUGAUAGCAUUUGUCAUCUCCGAUCACCCGGUAGGGAGAGGCUAUAUUAUCGCAGCUGCUAUGUUCAUUUCUUCACUUAUGCAAUCAAUUCUAGAAUCUCAAAGCGAAUUUUGGACGCAAGUAGUAGUGAUACGAAUGAAAGCAACACUCUUCUCGAUUAUUUAUAAAAAAAACAUCAAGCUUUCAAGUCAUGGAAAACGUGAUUACACUACUGGUGAAAUUGUCAACAUAAUGGCGGUUGAUGCUCAACGAGUCAUUGACUAUUUUGGUAUCGUUAACAUUAUAUGGUCUGCCCCACUUCAACUGGCGAUCACCAUAUACUUGCUUUGGAGAAAGUUGGGUGUUUCAUCGUUCAUUGGCCUAUCAGUCAUAUUACUUCUUGUCCCUUACAAUGGUUUCAUUGCAAGUCGAUUCCAAGCAUGUCAAGUCGCUCUGAUGAAAGAAAAGGAUUCUCGAUCAAAAUUAGUUUCAGAAGUUUUAAAUGGAAUGAAAGUCUUGAAAUUAUAUGCUUGGGAAGGCGCUUUUGGUGACAUUGUUGCGUCAAUUAGAAAAAAUGAAAUUAAAUUUUUGAGAGCUCAGGCGCUUUGGAUGGGAGGAAUCACGUUUUCUUUUGCUUCUUUAUCUUUUCUGAUUACGGUAGUUUCCUUCGCAUCCUAUGUGUUGAUUGAUAAAAAUCAUAUUCUUGAUGCAAAUAAAGCUUUUGUAUCAAUAACACUGAUAAAUACUCUAACUAUGCCAUUAAAUUAUCUCCCAAUCGUAUUAACCUUCGGAGCAAGUUUUUUGGUAUCGGUGAAAAGGAUAAAUAAAUUUCUCGCGGGAGAUGAACUCGAUACUGAAUCCAUUAAUCAUAAUCCUGAUUCAACUAAUCCAAUACUAGUAAAGGAUGCAACCUUUUCUUGGUCUCGUGAUGAAGAACCAACCCUUAAAGAUAUAAACAUACAAGUUGAGAAGCAAAAAUUGGUUGCUGUUGUCGGUGUUGUUGGUUCUGGUAAAUCUACUCUACUGUCUGCUAUUCUAGGUGAUUUGUACAAGAAACAUGGCACUGUAAAUGUAGAUGGCAAAGUUGCUUAUGUACCCCAAUCAUCUUGGAUACAAAAUGCAACAGUUCGAGACAAUAUUUUGUUUGAGUCACCCUUUGUUCAAGAAAAAUACGAUCAAGUUAUUGAAGCCUGUGCGUUGACACCUGACUUGAAGAUAUUAGCAGGAGGCGACUUGACUGAAAUUGGUGAGAAAGGAAUUAAUUUAUCCGGUGGACAAAAACAACGUGUUUCCAUUGCUCGUGCAGUCUACUCAGAUUCAGAUAUUUACCUUUUGGAUGAUCCACUCUCAGCUGUCGAUGCUCAUGUUGCUAAACAUUUAUUUGAAAAAGUAAUUGGAAACAAAGGUUUACUUAAAAAUAAGACUCGACUUUUGGUCACUCACAGAAUCACAUUCUUACCGCAAGCAGAUGAAAUAAUUGUCUUGAGGGAUGGAAAAAUCUACGAAAGUGGAACUUUUAGUGAACUGAUGGCUAAAAAGGGUGAAUUUUUCAACUUCAUUGUUCAAUAUCAGGUUGAACAAGAAGAUGAGUUGGAUUCUGAAGACGAAAGUUUUGUUAAAGCUUUAGAGCUUGACCAAAGGCUAUCACUCACCCGAUCCAUAUCUUCUGCUGAGUCAGAGACUUCAGCCAUUCGUCGUCGAGCAUCACACACUAGGCAAAGUCAAAGUAAAAGUAAAAAAUCAAGAGCAACAUCGAAAAAUGACGCGAAAGAAGACAAAUUCAAACUGAUUGAAGCUGAAACUGCCGAAACUAGCUCAGUUAGUUCCAAGGUUUAUUUUGAUUAUAUCAAGGCCAUUGGUUGGAAAAACUGUUCUGUCAUAUUAUUAUUUUUCACCAUUUUCAGUGGUUUCAUUUUAGCCUCAAGUCUAUGGUUGACAGAUUGGGCUGAUGACUAUUUAAAUCCUCUCAACUACCAUAAUACAGCUUUACGAAAUAAACGAUUAAUAGUUUACGCUAUAUUGGGCACUUUUCAAACAAUUUUCAUCUUGGCCAGUACAUUGGUGCUGUGUAUCGCUGUUGUCGAAGGUUCACGGUGGAUUCAUGAACAAAUGUUGUCACGUUUAAUUCGAGCACCAAUGUCAUUCUUUGAUUCCACACCUACAGGACGGAUUUUGAACAGAUUCACUAAAGAUAUCGAUUUAGCUGAUACAGCAAUGAGCUUUAGUAUACAGCAACUUCUGAUCAGAGUAUUUAGUUCGGUUACUGCAGUUAUAAUUAUAAUCAAGGAAACACCAUUCUUGGUAAUAAUGAUCAUUAUUCUUGCUUUGGUUUAUAUUUUGAUUCAGAAAAUAUACAUCGCAAGUUCACGACAAUUAAGGCGAAUCGAUGGAGUUACUCGUUCACCCAUAUUCUCACAUUAUACUGAAACAGUUACAGGUUCAACUUCAAUCAGAGCUUAUCAAGCAACAGAUCGAUUCUCGGAAAAAUUAUUCAAAUUGGUUGAUGUAAACAACAGUGCAUCUAUGGCCAAUCUUGCCGCAAGUCGUUGGCUAUCAGUUAGACUUGAAUUACUUGGCAACAUUAUUGUAACAUCGACUGCACUUUACGCUGUAAUUGGCCGUGGAAGCAUGAGUCCUGGGAAAAUAGGUCUUUCCAUCAGUAAUGCAUCCCAAAUAACUAGUAUUUUGGACAUGUUAGUUCGUUCAUUUUCUGACCUUGAAAAUAAUUUAGUUUCCGUUGAGCGUUGCUUGGAAUACACAAAAUUGGAUGCUGAGGCACCAUGGGUCAACCCGUCUCAUAGACCAUCAAAAGAUUGGCCUUUUGAGGGUCGAAUUACAUUUAACAAAUAUUCAACUCGAUAUCGACCUGGUCUCGAUUUGGUAUUGAGAAACAUCACUUGUUGCAUAGACUCUAACGAAAAGGUUGGAAUUGUUGGACGAACUGGUGCAGGUAAAUCAUCAUUGACGUUAGCUCUAUUCCGUUUAAUUGAACCCACUGACGGAACUAUUACGAUUGAUGAUGAAGAUAUAACUCGAUUAGGACUUCAUGAUCUACGUUCACGAUUAACUGUUAUACCUCAAGAUCCUGUGCUCUUUUCUGGUUCAUUUAGAAGAAACUUUGAUCCCUUGGAAAUGCAUACUGAUAAUGAAAUUUACGAUGCUCUUGAACAAGCAAAUUUAAAAGACUUUGUAGUCUCGUUGGAUAACCAACUAUAUUAUGAAAUUACUGAAGGUGGAGAUAAUCUGAGUGUUGGUCAGAGGCAACUUGUUUGCUUAACUCGAGCUCUGCUGCGAAAAUCUAAAAUUCUUGUUCUUGAUGAAGCUACAGCAGCAGUAGAUGUGGAAACAGACGAAUUAAUUCAGCAAACAAUUAGAAAACAAUUCAAAGAUUGUACUAUUGUUACGAUUGCUCAUCGUUUGAAUACUAUCAUGGACUAUGACAAAGUCAUCGUGAUGGAUAAAGGGCAAAUAAUUGAAUAUGAUUCUCCGGAUAAUCUGUUGAAAAACGACAAAUCUGAGUUUUAUAAGAUGGCAAAAGAUGCUAAACUUGUUUAAUGGAAAGUUGCUUUCAAAGUUAUUAACAUUUUGUACAGUAAUGAAUUGUAUUUUUCAAAUUUUAACCUUUUCCUUGUGUAGCUUUUAAAAUAAACUACCUCACAAGGAAAGUACACCAACCGCUCCGAAAAUGUUAAACGUUUUUUGGACUUAAAAUAUUCUAAUGGGUCAGAUAUGAACAUUUGUCAAGCCUUUAGAAUAACAAAUGCUCCGUUUAAAAGUUACAGGGUUUCAAAGUAUCAAUUUUUGCAUAGGUUAAGCCUAUUUAAAGCAAUAUGAAUCUAAUCUAUAAUGAUAAAAAAUUUUACUAUUUUAUUAUAGAUUCACAUUACUCGCAUCGGGCACAUAAACCUAUGAAAAAACACCUUUGACACCCUGUAACUUUUAAACGGAGCAUUUGCUAUUCGAAAGGCUUGCCAAAUGUUCAUAUCUGACCCAUAUGAAUAUUUGAAGUUCAAAAAAGUUUAAAAUUUUCGGAGUGGUUGGGGUACUUCCCUUGUAAGAUGAGCUUUAAAA